AUGGAGGAGCAGAUUCCGGAUAGAGCGUUUCCGGCUUUGGAAAAGUAUGAUGGCUUAGGGGACCCGGAGGAGCAUUUGAGAUCGUUUGUUGACGUGAUGGCCAUUUACUCCCCCAGGGAAAAUGUGUGGUGCAGAGUUUUUUCUUUGUCAAUAAAAGGAGAAGCUUUGGCUUGGUUCCACUUGUUAAGACCUCGGACCAUUAACAAUUUUGCCACCUUGAGAGAUAUGUUCGAACGACAGUUUUCAGCGGGUAGAGCGCGAAAUCUGACGUAUCUAGAGUUAACAAACAUAAAACAGGAGAAAGGAGAGAGUCUUAGGGACUUCAUGGACAGGUUCAAUAGGACCGCUCGGCAAGUACGGGGUGUAGGCAAGAAGUUUACCAUUAGUACUCUGGCUACCGCGCUGAGGCCUUCCCCGUUUGCCGACAACUUGUUCGUAGAGCCCCCAUUAACCCUGGACGAGUUACAGGAAAGGGCCGCUCGGUUUAUUAGAAUAGAAGAAAUGAGGGCGGUCCAGAGACAACAGCAAGAGCAAGGCACGAGUUCGGGGCAGGAGAAGAAAGAAAGCAAGAAACCGUUCAUUCCAGGCGAACGACCGAAGGGUCAGAAGUUUAGAGAUGGCCCGAAGGGGGUAGGUACGAACGGUACACCCCGUUGA